CGCGCGCGCGCGCCCCGCGGGAGGAGAGGCCGCGCGCGCGCGCGCCUGGGAAAAUGUUGCGCAGAUUCUAAAAUGGAACGUUGGCGGCGGCGAGAUUGAGCGCGAGGGGGUGUGUGAGCGUGAGUAAGAACCGGGACCAGCCGCCGCCACCGCCACCGCUGCCGCCUUCUUGCAGCCGGUUCCCUCCCGUAGCGGUACGGGGAGUAGCCGCCUCCACCUUCCCCCUGCAUGGAGCUCUCUGCUAUCGGGGAGCAGGUGUUUGCAGUGGAGAGUAUCAGGAAGAAGCGCAUCAGGAAGGGUAAAGUAGAAUACCUAGUGAAGUGGAAAGGAUGGCCCCCAAAAUACAGCACAUGGGAGCCAGAAGAUCACAUCCUGGACCCUCGCCUGGUAGUGGCUUAUGAAGAGAAAGAAGAAAGAGAUCGUGCAUCAGGAUACAGGAAGAGAGGCCCGAAACCAAAGCGCCUCUUAUUACAGAGACUGUAUGGUAUGGACCUGAGGAGUGCCCACAAGGGAAAGGAGAAGCUCUGUUUCUCUCUAUCUCGGCGAUUUGGAGGAGGAGGGAGCAAUUUGGCGGGGGCCAAACCAGGGCAGACAGAGCUAUCGGAAAAGAGUGCGGGAGGUGUCCUACCAUUCCCACUCCGGAAGCAGCGCAAGAACCAGAAAUAUCUCCGGCUCUCGCGGAAGAAGUUCCCACGCAUGUCAAGCCUAGAGAGCCGUAACCACAGGCGUGAGUUCUUCUUGAAGGACUCAGUGGCGCUAGAGGCUAGGCAGACUCCCAAUGACUGGGAUGCUACGCAGCAUGCUAGCAAAGAAGUAGGCGUGGAUGCAGUUGAUGGCAACCUCCCCUGGAUCCCCACGCUGUCCCCCAGUGAAGUGACAGUGACAGACAUCACGGCGAACUCCAUUACCGUGACCUUCAGAGAAGCACAAGUGGCUGAGGGAUUCUUCCGAGACCGAAGUGUGCAGCUCUGAAUCUCCAUUUUUAAUGUUCCUAAUCAAAUUCUUUUGGGGUGGGGUAAUUAUUUCACUUUUAAAAAAAUCCAAAAUGUUUCUUUGAAAAAUGUUUACAAAGGGUUUUUUUUUUUUUUUUAAACUGAAGUCUCAUAGAUUUUUCUUUUCCCCCCUUCAGAUACGCAAAAACAAAAGGCAAUGUAGGGGUGCCUGUGUUUUUGUUUGUUACUAUAUAUAACACACACUCUUGUCUGUUGUUGCUUUGUCUGUCUGAGAAACUGAUACCCCCUUUCCGUGGCAAAGACUCCCCUUUUAGGGAAUAUUAAGAAAUUUUUCCUUUAUGUAUUCCCUUUGCUGUAUUAGUUCUGGCAGCUGAAUUCAGGGUGAGAGAAGACACAAGGACGGAGAAGGGGUUGGACCUUUUGCUUGCUUCCCUGUUUUGCAGUUGUCCUUUGAGUGAAGAUACUUUCUCGGGAAAUCAUCCUCCCCUUCUUCCUCCUCCCAUCCAACUUCAGCAAUGAGAUGUAAUAGACCCAAUCACUUUGAGUGACUCAAGUCUGUUAUAAGCUUUCUCCCUUCCUAAUAUUUUUUUUCCUGUGGCCUGGCACUGUGGUGCUUGUGGCAGUAUUGCAGGUAACCCGCUUGCCUCGGAAGGUAGGAAGCUCCAUUGAACAUUAUAAUGGUUAGUGUAAUUCUAUGAAGACUGAAAGGAUGUCUUCCCUCUCUGUGUGAUCCACUGAUCCUGUACACACAUCUUUGUAACCUCCGAGCUGUGGCAUAUUAGCUAUACAUGCUCACUUUGGAUUUCUGGGCCUUUAAUAAAGGCAGCGCUGAAACUUAGUUGUACCCCCAAAGGUUAGUAUAAACUAACAAAGAAGUACUCAUUCUUCCUUAUCCAGAGACCUUCCUAGAAGUUUUCUGUCUAACUAGAGCCCUUCUCUGAUCUAGAAAUAUGGCAAGGGGAAGGUAUUAGUGUGUAACCCUGCAGUGAGGAAUGAGGAUCCCCUUUGCUGAAAACCAAAUCCAGAAUGGAUAUCAGUGGUGUCCUGAAAAUGCUUUAGUAAAAAGGGAUGGCUCUCUUCUUGGGGAUCACCAAAGAAUUGAAACACUGCCUGGCAGUGCUGGAAAUCCAGAGACAGCAGCAGUAGCCUAGUGCAUGAGAAUCCGGCAGUGAAACUGGACGUGAGCUGGUCAGUUUCUGCUUCUAGAUAGUGUGGAGUUUUUUCCCCACCUCAUAUCAAAUGUAAAGAGCAAAAUGGCUGGGAGGAGCCUUCUAGACUUCUAACAGUUUUAAACUUUUAAAAUUUAUCUUCUAAUGUGAUAAGGGUUCUCGGAUUGAGUACCCUAUUUAUAUUUUCCCUUUUCAACUUCCAUCUUCUUACAGUAUCUGUGACACCCCGUCCUUAUUUUUGUCCUUUUACUCAGUGACCAUACCUUUGGAAGUGUUUAAAAAGUUUUGCUGAGGAAAGCUACCUGUCGUUCAAUAGACUCUUCCUAAUGUUGCACUUACAAAUAUCUGGAGACUUGUGCCGGAUUCUACUUGUGAUGUCUUGGGGUUUCUAAGAAUUGCCGUAUUUUCAAAGUUGAUAGUUCAGCAUCUGUUCAUGCAUACUCUCUUCCUUCUUUAAUUUAAACUUAUUUAAAGAAGUUAAAUCUCUCUCUCCCUAUGGAAAGCAAGAAGGGGGAGUUAGACCCUCAAGGGGGAAUUGUGGGGCUAUAUGCUGCAGUACAGCUCUGGCUCUUUUACUUCUACCCUGCAAAAAAUGACUGGUGGUUUUAUGCUAUCUGAACCCUCUUUCCUACAGAGCUGAAGCUAAGUGUCAAUGGAAAAAGCUCUUAUCCUGGAGAGCUUAGCUUCAGGCCUGCAGAAUUUAGGAGUUCUGCAACACUGAUGCACUGGGUCCUCCAAACAUUUGCUUUUUAUAAAGCUCUUGGAUUGCCCCUAAGCUUUCUUAAAAAGCAUACUUUACCUUUAAUAGGUGGUAGCUGCUAAUAGGAUGAGACUGCCUUCCACUAGGUCAUGGCACUUGCAGGGUGGAUUGAAACACCCUAAAUUUUGGGUGUCUCACUGAAAAUAUUUUUGUCCCUCAAAAUAAACAAAAUGGAGGAUGCAGCAGAUUGCUCCAGCUCCAAGAUGUUAUAAGUGAGGAAUAUUGAGAGGGAGGUGGAAUCUGAGUUGAUUAUUUUUAAUGAUGAGAGUAGGCAUCAGAGGAGAAGCGCUGAAUCCUUUUUUAAAAAAACAAACAAAAAAACCGGGUGCAACCCAUGAGAUAAACAUAGACUCAGGACAAAGUAUGUCAGACAUGGUUGCCUAGAGUUAGGUUCCUUAAUGCAUAUAUAGUCACCUACAUGGAAAUAACCUCUUUUCCCCAUUACUUUAUUCAAAAAGGCACUGAGGAUCAGGGAUGUGAAUGAUUAGUCGACAGGCUAGUCAACUAGUCACUCCCCCUUCCCCCUUGCUGCCUCUAUCAGAAAGAGGCAGCGAGGAAGGGGCGCUUCAAAGCAGCAGCGCCGUGUGGAGCCUGGGGCCAGACCCCAGGUUCCACAUGGUGCUGCCCUUUGAAAUGCAACAUGCAUCCCGGGGCCACCUGGUCCAGGAGGCCCGGGCUGCAUGCUGCAUUGUCAAAGCAGCAGCGCCACGUGAAGCCUGGGGUCAGCUGGGGACUCUCCCACUGACUGUGCGCUCCAUGAAGUGAUGAUGCUUUGAAACAUCGUGUGGAACCUGAUGCUGUGCUACCCACAGUGUUUCAAAGCAGCAGCACUGCAUGGAGCCCGGGGUCAGCAGGGCACUCAAGCAGUCUGCCACGGGGAGCAUGGGGCCAGCAAGGGACUACUUGAGUCUCCUGCUGGCCCCAUGCUCCCUGCAGUGCUUUUGCUUUUGAAAUACACUUCAAAGGCAGAAGCGUCCUUAUCGACUAAUCGAAAUUUUACAUCCCUACUGAGCACCUGUAUCUCCCAAUGACUUCCUUGAAAGUUGCAGGUGCACAGCGUGUCUGAAAUCAGGGCGUCUUUGAUCCAGGUGACUACAGAUUUUGAAGAUUAAUCAUAGCCACUUGAGUUUAAAGAACUUGCAUCACAAUUUAUCAUUCCAAACCUUUGUAGGAUCUAGAAGAAUGGUUGUAACUUUUUCUGUUCUAUAUGGGUAUGGCUGCCUAUGCACUUUCUCCAGUUUUAGUCCAGAAAUAUUGCAAGCAGAACUCGUGUGUGGAUGUUUCUCACCUUGGCCAAAAUCUGGAAAGCUGCAGAAAUUUGUAAAGGCAAGCAAAAGGCUUCUCUCACAAGACUUAUGUUCUGCUUUUCUCUUUCCUUGUUACCUUCUAUGCACCCACUAAGAUUUUCCAGACCAAAGAAUUCUGUCUUGACAUUAAUUUUCUUUGAAUAACACUGUUUUUGCAAAUUUAACUGUAAGUGGAAGCUUUGGAGCUGUUGCAAACAGCAUUCACCCACUGCUUCAUUUUUAACCCUUUUGUAGAUGUUUACUUGUAUUGCUUCUAAUGACUAACUUCCUCUCCUGACCUAAAAUGAUUAAGGAGAUGUCUUAGCCAUAGUACUUUAUGCCCAAGUCAGAGCGGGUAGGGUGGGGGGCUGUUAAUCCAUUUCCUGUUGAGAUGCAGAACCUUGCUGAUAUGUGGAUUGACUUUCUCUUGGGCGUGAAGAGAACAAGGGGGGGAGGAUGUUUUGUGGUAGGAAACUAAGCAUGUAUUUUAUCCAUUAUGACACAUCCUUAGCAAGGUUCGCCGAUUUUAAAAAUCAAUCUUACUCUUCACAGAAUGGUUUUAUUGUUUUUAAUCUCGUUAAAGUGCAGUUCUCUUCUCAAAAGGGGCUGGAGAAAUCUUGGUGUGGGCUCCAAGGUGGUGGAAUGUUAAUGAUUUUCAAAUCAGAUGUUCUCAGUUUACAAGUGCAAAGUUUCUUACUGCAAACUCAGCUUGGAAUCUGAAAGUCAUAUGGGGGCAUUGUUGGCUAUUGUCACAAAAAUCAAAGGUUCUGUGAUGGGAGCUUCACGAGCUAUUAUGGCUGAUGCAAAAAACAAAAUAGGGUCCAGUUGGAGUUUAAUAUUUGAAAGAUGAGCCAGAAUAGAAUCCAACUAUCUCCCCUAUAGUUCUGUUGACUGCAAGGUGGAAACUUCAGCCAGCAGAAUUACUCAAGGGACCUGCAUUUUGUUUAAGAACAGAACUGCAUUGUAAGAACUUGCUGGCAGUUCUUAGGGCAGGCAAUGCUUGUUUCAUGCAUCUGUUCAUAAUGGUCUUUUAUGUUUGGUUUGUAUCAUGGCCACACUUAGAGGUCCCAAUCUCAUUGGGACUCUUUUGUGCUAGGCUCAGUACAAACACUUAUUGAAAACAGCUUUUUCCUUCCCCCCAAUUCCUUUUAUCCCCACCCCGAAUAUUAUUGAUUCCACAGAGUACCAAGCAUAAGUGAGUAGUGGUAUCUUUAAAGUACAUCUACACUGCAAAAAACAAUCUCCCAGAAUCACAUCUCAGAUCCCAGGUCAACUAACUUGGGCUCCCAUGAUAGGGCUAAAAAUACCCAUGUAGAAGUUCCCAUGCCUAGCCAAGCAGAAAUAUUUACCGAGCUAUUUUUAGCCCCUUUGUGUGAUCCCAAGUCCGUUGACCCAGGCUCUGAAACUUCUUGCUCCAGGUCUUUGUUUCACAGUGUAGACCUCCCAUUAGUAGAUCUGUGUCUUCAGCACACCCCUUAUUCCCCUGAAACGGCUUGAGCCCUGGAUGUGCCCAGUCCCAUUUUGUUUUCAAGGGCAGACAGGAUAUUGUGGGAACACCCAGAUGCAGUUCCUUUUGCCAAAAUAAACCCAAGUCUGCCAGGAAAGUGACCCUGACUAAGUCAGAGCCUCAGACAGAAACGAGCAUGUGAUUAACAUAUCAGAACAGGGUGUUUUUUGUUUUGUAGUUAAUGUUGUGAAACUGUCCGGAAAGAUUCUUCUGGUGUGUUUGAUUGAAUGUGUGAACUUGGUUUUGACCUCAUGGGGGCCCCUGGCCCCAAUAAGCUUCCUGCUCUACCCUAGCCCCAUGCUUAGUAGUGUGUUUGACAGUUUAACUGGAAUAGAGAGAGUGGCCUCAUGUUGGCUGAAAAAUAGGCAGGCUGCUAAUAGGAGAUAAUGCAAACACCACAACAAAGAUUGGGGUGAAGAAACAGGGCUGAUGGCUGCAGGCAGUAGCCUACAGUUGAUGGUUAAAGCGGGGCCCCUUUGCUGAACUAUAACUUCAUGCUUUUGAACCAGGAAUGAAGCAAACCUCCUUUCUAAAAAGUGUGACACUUUUUUCCUUCUGCUCCUAUUUUGUGUACUUGUUCCUACAGCAUAGGAUGGAGGGUGGAAAGUUCCAGUGAAUGGCACAACUACCUUGUAAGGUCCAGCAUUGCGUGGGCUCCAGAGUUGUGCUGGAUCUGUGUUAUCAUAUCCCCAUUGUCAAUAAGAAUGUUGUUAGACUGUUCAGGAUGGACCAUUGGGGGACAGUGCCAGUUGUUUCAGGAAGAGGAGUGCAAUGCGAUGCAGGGAGUAUUCACUGACUUGUGAGGCCCUUCCAGGGUUUGCAUCAUGUUAAUCCUUCCCAUGAAUAAAAUCAGAUGACCAAGUGACAAACUUAUUUUGUUGUUGGAGGCUAACUUCUGCUCCCAUCCUUUGUAAAUCCCAAUUCUGAGUCUUGACAGUCACUAAUGGCUUCAUUCAACUGGCCAGUUUCUUCUGUGCACUCCACACUGGCCUGUCGUAGCUGUUGGUUUUGCCACGGAUGUGUUCUCUUACUUCCUCUUGAGUGAAAAGAUAAGCAUAUUAUAUGCAUGGGGGGGAGGGAGUAAUUUGGAGAUGGAAUAUGUCUCUGUGCAUUUGAAUACACUGGCUGCACUGAAUAAUCUUCCUAUCUCUUCGCUUCCUUCUCCCCCUUAGGACUUCAUGGCCCUGCAUCAAUCAGCAUUUUAGAAGAAUUAACUGGCACUCCUCUGUGUGCUCUGAAUGGUUAUUGAGUAGGUGAGCAUGUGUGGAGAGAGCCAUUUGCUUCUGUGUUCAGUAGCUGGAUGAGGGAAAGCAGAGAUUUCUGAAUACGCAGUGGCUUCUGGAUGAUCAGAAGUAGCACAGAGCAACUGAGCCCAGUAAUGGAAGCUGCUAGUGGCUAGCAAGUGAAUGGGUGACACAAUUACUGUGUUUGCCAAAUGGGAUGGAUAGACAUCUUAUGCUCAAAGGGUUGGCUGCUUUUAUUAAUUGUGGGCCACUUGUUAACCUGCCUGUCUUUUUAAAGAUGAUGCAUUCUCUCCUCUCACAACUAUGUGGGUGUUGGAGGUGCCUGAUUGACAUAUUGGGCUGGAAGGGGGACACUGAGUGUCUCUCAAAAACCUGACCUCUUAAAAUCUAUCUGUUCUGUAUAAUUUUAUUGCCAACAGUAGGAGAGGGAUGACUGGGAUUAGAGAGUUUGGGGGAAGGAGGUGUUAACCAGAAAGGUGGAAGUAGCACCAAAAAUUCUUUGAAAUCUGUAAAAAAUGUUAGUCUGCUUUUUGGCUUUUCUUAAGUCAAGGCCUAAGAAUGUUUGAAGCACUUUGAAGAUGCAAAGAAAGCACUAGGAGCGCUGAGUACUCUUUUAUUGCUUCUUUUGAAAAGUGGCAUUGGAAAAGGGAAAGAUGUAUCCAUUUUAGGCCAUGGACUAUUCCUUAUCUCCUUUCCACAUCUGCCAUUGAGCCCUUUGCAUCCCUUCGAUGACUUCUAGGGUGGGUUUGCCAUUCCGGGCUUGCCAGGUGAACAAAGGCUCAAUGAAGACAGAGAGGAGACUUUAAAACUCCGCAUCCACCUUCAAAAAAAAAAAAAAAAAAAAAAACCCCUCCACACACACUCUCAAAUUUUUCCCCUGUCACUUGCUGGACAUAGGGGAAUAAUUAGACUCUGUUCCUGUGUUAAGGGAUUGUUUGUUUUGUUCAACAGAAGUAGUCCCAGUGUUUAGAGAGAGCUGAGAUGUGAUCCAAUAAGUUUCUUCCAUCUCUCGUUUUGGAGACAUCUUUUUAUUUCCUUUUUCCUGACAAAUUGCACUUUAAUAGCUUAUUGGGGAUGGGAAGCAUAUGUAAUUCUUUGGGAUAGGGGCAACCCCAACAGCUGUUUUCAGUGGCUGCUGGACUCUUCCAGUGGGUUAUUGUCUCAUCUCAUGUCCAAUAGCACAGGCACAAAGGAACUUUUUAUUAUCAGUUUAGGCUUAAAGAAAAACCUGAGUAUUUUAGCUAGCUAUAUAGGGAGUUUUACUUAGUAACAGGCAUCUGUGUUUAGAGGAACCCCAAUCCUCCUGCUGUCAUUUCAGCACUGAUCUUCUCUCCCAUGCUCCUCCACUGCUUGAUUUGGGUUCUUCUAAGACUACAAUAUGACUUUUCUGCAUAUUUUUAUGUUUGUUUCCCACAAGGAGUGAGAUUGGGGAAGGCUAUUUUAUUUUUAAUUCUUUGCAUGAUAGAGCACCUGAGUCUUUGCACAAGAAAGCUUCCUUUGCACAGAAUGAGCUUCUAGCUUUUGUACAGACUAAUUGAAUGUAUUUGGGCAGAGGGGGCUGAGGGAACGAAUCAAUUCCAAACAAACAAAAAUAACACCCCCGAAGUAUAAUGCCUUUUUCUGAGUGAGUGCUUGUUGUAAAUGGAGAUUGUAAUACAAAUAGGAGGACAGGUCUAGUUACAAUUUGAUGCAAAGUGUGGUUUUAUUUUUGUACUGAUAUGGAUAAGAGACUGUACAGCAUCUAUUUAUUUAGAUGAUUUACGUGGUAAAUGUUGCAAACAAAAUUAUUAAAAAUAUUAAAUAUGAGAACUGACAUUUAA